UGACACUUCCUGCGCGCUAAAGUUGUAAGAGAUUCUUUUUUACGCCUCACGAAAUGACAGCCACCACAAGCUAAAAGAAGACUUUAGCAUUUUAUGAUUGUUGAUCUAAAAUGAAUACCUGCUAUCGGGAAUCUAUCAAAUCUGGGUGAAAAGUUCCGAAGGAGGACAGUGGUCUAAUAUGCAGCAUUCAAGCAACCACAUCGCAACAAAACACCAUUGACUCUGGUAGCAAAGUUCAUUUAGGAUUUUCUAGUUAUUCCGAUAUCUUAGGUUCGGUUUAAAAAUGUCAGACAGAUACAAUGAUGUCAAAAUUCUUCUUAAAGACUGGGAGCGCGCAUUUUUACAGGAACAAAAGCGAAAACCCAACAAGGAUGACAUUGACAAAGCCCCUGAGGAGACUAAAAAGCUCUACAAAGAAUAUCGUACCUUGAAAGAAGCUAAAGAGAACAAUACUAGUAAACAUGAAGUACCAACACAAACCCCAGAGACCAACAUCACAGCCAAGGAGCCAGACUGCUGGGGAUCCCACCUGAGCCGCAAGAACAUGCCUGUUGCUCCUCCGAAGCUCACCCCAAAAGAGAAGGAAUCUUUGCAGGCCUCUGCUCAGUACUUUGGCAUGAAGCUGAAAUUAAAUCUCGGGUCUUUGACCAAGGACAGACCAGUGACCCUGAAAAAGUCCCUCACUCCCCGGAGAACACCACUGAAAACGUGGAAGGAUAGCCAGGAGGAAUCGUGUCCCCCAGCAUUAACUGCUAAUGUUGAACUGCCUCUUCCCAAACCAGCCAACACGUGCCCAGACCCCAGUGCCACGCCUGUGCAAACGGCCAGCACAGGCUUGAACGAGGAGCCAUAUGAGCCUUUCAUGUCUCCACCAGCCUUCACCCCGUCCAAAGCACGGUGCCCUACUACGCCUGGUGCCUCCGCCAGCCUGGCACAGAGAGCCCAGCAGCUGCGCCAGUCGGUGAGCAAGCGUCUGUUGUCUGUGGACCACGGCUGGCUGCAGCGCUGUCAGGUGUUUGACGAAAUGGAUGACAGGGAGCGGCCGGUCGCAGGCAACGUGGAGAAGAAGGAGGAGGAGAAUUCUGGCGAGUCGAGCAGUGGCCACGCUCCAUCGCCUCGUGCAGCCGCCGCGGCCGAGUUGACGCCGGCCUGUGCCAGCCCGAAUAAACCAGCUCCCGCGGGAGAUGGAGCGGCCAGGAACGCCCCAGCCCGUCCGCGGCCUCCAGACGACAGGCCACAGAUGGGUGGCGUAACGUCUCCGGUCGGAGCUGCCUGUCUCUGGGCCGAGGGCCACGGCUCCUCAUUAGGGCCCAAUGAUGGAGGAGGAGGAGAAGGAGAUGGGGAUGGAGAAACCAGACCUGGUCUCGGAGGAGCAGAAGGAGCGGAGCGGGUCAGAGCGGAGCGGGCCAGUGGCACCGGCACCGCCAAGAAGCCCCGUGCGCGAGCCAGGAAAAGACAGGAGGAAGACGAGGAGGAGGAAGAGACUGAGCAGGCGAAGGAGCAAGGUAAGGAACUGAGGUCGAAGAAGGGGCCGCAAAGAAAGGGCCGAAAGAGGCCGAGGGACGACGACGGAGGAGAGGAGGAGGAGGGAAAAGGAGACGGGGAACAGAAACCAGGAGACGAAGGAGAUGAAAAGAGGGGCACAGCCAAGAAGAGGAGGAGGACGACCAAAAAGGGAGAGACGACAAGCGCUUCAGACAGCCCCAAAAAAGCCAGGGCUCCACGUGGGCGGAAACAGAAGGCCAGAGGAAACGGAGGAGACGGCAGCGACCCCGAGGAGCAGGAGGAGGAGGAGGAGAAGAAGAAAGCGCUAAAGCAGAAGCCCGCGAAGCCCCCCCAGGAGAACCUGCUGGGGGAGGUGGACGAGGAGGACGCACGGGCCGCCUCCUCCUCCUCCAGGGUGAAGAACACCAUGAGGCCAAGAGGCACCAAAAAUACAGACGCCAACUUUGUGAAAAUCAACUUGAAGAAAAAGUCUCAUGUCAAAGGAUAUGCCUUAAGGGGGGCUGGACUUCGUAAACAGAUGUACAUGCAGAAAUUCCAGCUGAAGGGUGAGCGCUUUGGAGGGCCCGGAUUUCGAGGUGGAGGUCGAGGCCGAGGCCGGGGAGGCUUUAGCGGUUUCAAUCGCCAAGGAGAUACGUGCUUUAAGUGUGGAGGCACAGGCCACUGGGCUAUGAACUGCAUGGGUAGAGCUCCGGCUCCUGCGGUGGACAGUGGCGCCGCUGACGGUGCGACUCCCGAGGAAGAGGAGCCAUUCGAGCUGCCCACCCUGGAGGAGGUUGCCCGGGCGACUGGAACUCUGCGUUCGGAGCCCAUAGUGGUAGCACCCCCACCACCGAAUGUGGGAGAUGAGGCAGAUGACCAGGAGGACAAGCAGGAAGAGGUCCUGCUGAAUGUGAUCAGACCGGACUAUGAGCGGCCUCCCCCACCGCCUCCAAUGGAGCCCCUCUAUGGCCUCAAUGAGGAUGGCAAAGUCAGAGCUGCUCCAGAGGAAGUCUUGGAGGCCCUCAGGGACUUUGGAUACAAAUCCUUCAGGCCCGGACAGGAGGUGGCCAUAAUGCGAAUCCUAUCUGGCUUGUCUACACUUGUGGUGUUGUCAACUGGGAUGGGCAAAUCCCUGUGCUACCAGCUCCCAGCGUAUCUCUAUGCCCAGAGGUCCAACUGCAUCACACUUGUGGUCUCUCCUCUGGUCUCCCUCAUGGAUGAUCAGCUGUCAGGGUUGCCUCCCAGUCUCAAGGCUGCUGCCAUUCACUCUAACAUGUCAAGGAAACAGAGGGAAACUGCCAUAGAAAAGGUGAAGGCAGGCCAGGUGCAUGUGCUGCUGCUCUCCCCCGAGGCGCUGGUGGGUGGGGGCCACUCAGGCGCAGGCUGCCUGCCCCCAGCUGACCAGCUCCCCCCAGUGGCGUUUGCCUGCAUCGACGAGGCCCACUGCGUGUCCGAGUGGUCCCACAACUUCAGGCCCUGCUACCUCCGACUGUGCAAGGUGCUGAGGGACCGUCUGGGGGUUCGCUGUCUGCUGGGUCUGACGGCCACGGCCACUCUCUCCACGGCCCUGGACAUCGCACAGCAUCUGGACAUCACAGACCAGGAUGGCAUCGCCGUGCGCUCCGCUGCCGUGCCACACAACCUGCAGCUGUCUGUCUCCAUGGACCGAGAUAAGGAUCAGGCCCUGGUGACUCUGCUGAAGGGUGAGCGUUUUGGGGCGCUGGAGUCCAUCAUCGUCUACUGCACCAGGCGGGAGGAGACCACGCGCAUCUCGGCACUUCUGCGCACCUGCCUGCAGGGGGUGACCGUCAAGGAGCCCGCCGUCCCCCGUAAAGAGAUGGAGGACAAUCCUGUGGGCAGGAAGAAGAAAGCUUUGGCCAGGAAGAAGAUCCGCAAGCCGCUGAAGUGGAUCGCUGAGUCCUACCACGCAGGAAUGUCCGCUUCGGAGAGACGCCGCGUCCAGAACAACUUCAUGUGCGGCGAGCUGCGGGUUGUGGUGGCCACCGUGGCCUUCGGCAUGGGCCUGGACAAGUCCGACGUACGCGGCAUCAUCCACUACAACAUGCCCAAGAGCUUCGAGAGCUACGUGCAGGAGAUUGGGCGCGCCGGACGAGACAGCGAGCCUGCCCACUGUCACCUCUUCCUAGACCCCGAGGGUGGGGACCUGCAUGAGCUGCGAAGGCACAUCUACUCAGACACUGUGGACUACAUCACUGUGAAGAAGCUCGUACAGAAGGUGUUCCCACCUUGCAAGUGCAGACAGAUUCAUCAGAAGCAUCAGGAAAUGGCUAAGGCCAUGGAAGUGGACGAUGACGAGAUGCUUGAGAUGAUGGACGCUUGUGAAGAAACCCAAGAUGGGCAAGGGCAGCAGAAAGAGACAGAGGCACCUGAAGAUAUGCCCAUGGAGGAGACGCCUGACCAGACCACCGGCAGAGAGGAGCAGAGUCUCCCGCCAAGCACAGCAGCAACAGCCCAACCCCAGACCAUCUCUCACACUGACCACAAGGACAUGGCAGAGAUGCCUGAAGAGGAGAGCAAGGAGGAGACAACUGAGGGAGAGAAGGAACUGACCGUCACAGAGAGAGUCUGUCACACCCACGAGAGGGCUAUCCCAAUGCAGGACACGGUAGAGGCCCUGGACAUCACAGAAGAAGGUCUGGAGACGCUGCUGUGCUACCUGGAGCUGCACCCCCAGCGCUGGGUGGAGCUGCUCCACCCGACCCUCUCCCACUGUAACCUGCAGUGCUAUGGAGGCUCCCAACAGCUGCGCAAACUCACCAAAAUCUGUCCCCCCAUCGCCGUGGCCCUGGCGCGGAUGAGGAUGGCAGGGGAGCGCGUGGAGAGCUGCAGCUCGCUGGACUUCGACGUGGUGGAGCUGGCCGACACCAUGGGCUGGCAGUUGUACCUGGUCAAGAAAGGACUGCGGCAGCUCCAGUGGGGCUCUGGGUCGUUUGGUGGCACAGGGAGGACUGGCAUCCAUGUCGAGUUCAGCAGCCUGUCCUUCUACUUCCGUUCCUACGGUGACCUAAGCCCGGACGAGAUGGACCAGGUGUGUGCGUUCCUGCACGGGCGUGUGGUGGCCCAGGAGAGGACACAACUCUACCAACUCAAAGCCUGUUUCAAAGCCUUUCGCAGUGUUGCAUACCGGAACUGCAGCUUCUGCAUGGAUGAGCUGGACGAGGAGAGGAGCCUGAAACUCAAAGAGCUGCUGAGUGAGUACUUCGACAAGAGGAGAGAUCUGGACCUGAGCAAAGAGUUCCAGCAGGAUGAGGACGAAGAGGACAACUCGCUUAACAAAUUCAAGAUGAAAGAUUGGGAGGGCCAGAUUCGUGCCGACAUCCGAGGUUUCCUGGCCAAUCGCAGCGACGAGAAGUUCUCUGGAAGGGCAGUGGCAAGGAUAUUCCAUGGAAUUGGGAGCCCAUGCUAUCCUGCCCAGAUUUAUGGCAGGGACCGUCGGUACUGGAGGAAGUACAUUCAGUUUGAUUUCAAUGAAAUCAUCCGCUUUGCCACACAAGAAAUAAUAAGGACAAAAUGAUGAGAGGAUGAACUUGAAUGGCUUUUUUGAGUCACCAUUUUAUAGUGAACUUGAUUGUGCUGCUCUCUGUAUAUAUGUAUCUGUUAGUGUACAUUUUUAGAGUUGUAUAAUGUGUAUGAUGUUUUUGUGCUUUGAAGUAUUUUCAUAUGAAUAAAAUGUGGAUUUUU